AUGCGCGUGCGCGGCACAGGUGCACCGCGGCCGCGGCCUGCUCGGCGCUGUCCGAGGUGCUGCCGCGUCCGUGGCCUCGACCGCGAGGAGGGGUGGGGUCGCGGGCCCUUCUGCUACCUCCCCACACCUCGGGCCUGGGGCGUCCUUUGGUUUGGCCAUCGCUCACUGGGGCUGGCCGGGGAGGCCGGGCCGGAGGCGCGGGGGCUCCAGUGCGCGUGCGCGAGCGGCGCCCGCCCCUCCCCCGCCCGGCGCUGCUCGGUGGGCCGCGGCGCCGCGGGCUCGGCGGGGGAGCCGCGCCGCGGGAGUGUCAGGAGGCACAUCACAUCCGGGUGGACUGUAAGAAGCCCGUCGGGAGGCCGCGGCUUCGUGGCCCGCGGCCAGUCCCGCGGGAGAUGGCCCCGGGCGCGCCCACGCUGCUGCUGCUGUGGCUGCUGCGGUUCCCCGACUUCCCGGCCCGCGCCGCCGGCUGCCCGGCCGCUUGCCGCUGCUACAGCGUCACGGUGGAGUGCGGCGCCCUGCGGCUGCGCGUCGUCCCGCCCGGAAUUCCACCCGGGACGCAGGUGGGCACCGCGUGGGGCCGCUGGGCCGCGGAGCAGAGGCGCCCGCGACACGGAGGGAGGGCUGUGUGAGCGUCCCGUGGGUGCUGGAGCGCCCCAGGGAAGAGGGAGACUCCCUCAGCGGCGUGAACCCCCUCCUUCCCUCCCUCCGUCCGGCCCGCAGACGCUGUUCCUGCAGGACAACAGCAUCGCGCGCCUGGAACCGGGCGUAUUGGCGCCUCUCGCAGCCCUGCGCCGGCUCUACGUGCACAAUAACAGCCUGCGCGCCCUGGAGCCAGGCGCCUUCCGCGCGCAGUCGCGCCUGCUGGAGCUAGCGCUCACCGGCAACCGGCUACGCGGCUUGCGAGUUGGCGCUUUCGCCGGCCUGGCCCAGCUCCGUGCACUCUACCUGGCCGGCAACCAGCUAGUGCAGCUGCUGGAUUUCACCUUCCUGCACCUACCGCGACUGCAGGAGCUGCACCUGCAGGAAAACAGCAUUGAGCUGCUGGAGGACCAGGCCCUGGCCGGGCUCUCCUCAUUGGCACUGCUGGACCUCAGCAGGAAUCAACUGGGCACCAUCAGCCGUGAGGCCCUACAGCCCCUGGCCAGCCUGCAGGUCCUGCGCCUCACAGAGAACCCAUGGCGCUGUGACUGUGCCCUGCAUUGGCUGGGCGCAUGGAUCAAGGAGGGCGGCCAGCGGCUGCUCAGCUCCAGGGACAGGAAGAUAAUGUGUGCAGAGCCCCCGCGCCUGGCACUUCAAAGUCUCCUGGACGUAUCCGGCAGUAGCCUCAUCUGCAUCCCGCCCUCUGUACACGUGGAGCCGCUGGAGGUGACAGCCAACUUAGGGGACGACCUGCGGGUUGCCUGCCAAGCUUCCGGCUACCCGCAGCCCCUGGUGACCUGGAGAAAGGUGGCCCAGCCUCGCGAAGGGCAGCCACGGGCUCAGGUCCAGCCAGACGGCGGGGCGCCGCGCCCAGCCGGGCCCGGCGCCUCUGACACGGGCAGCGGCAUGCUCUUCCUCACCAACAUCACCCUGGCCCACGCGGGCAAGUACGAGUGCGAGGCCUCCAACGCCGGCGGCGCCGUCCGCGUGCCCUUCCAGCUCCUGGUCAACCUGUCCCGGCAGCAGCAGCUGCCGCUGGCGCCCCCGCCGCCCCCGCACGCCGGCCCCGCCAGCCACGAGCCCCUGCAGGAGGCGGGCAGCAUGGCCUUCCGCGCCCUGGGCCUGGCCACGCAGACGGCCAUCGCAGCCGCCAUCGCGCUCCUCGCGCUCACGGCGCUGCUGCUGGCGACCCUGAUCUGCCGCCGGCGGCGCAAGCGGAAAAAGGCGCCGGGGCCGCCGGGGGAGGGCGCGCUGUUCGUCAACGACUACUCGGACGGGCCCUGCACCUUCGCGCAGCUCGAGGAGCUCCGCGACGAGCGAGGCCACGAGAUGUUCGUCAUCGACCGCUCCAAGCCGCUCUUCGCCGAGGGCCCGACGGAGGCGGCCGCCGGGGCGGCCGCCGGGCCGGGGCAGGGCCUCCCGCUGCAGCCGCCCGCGGCCUAUGAAAUUCACUGCUGA